UAUGCACUCUAGGGUUCGAAGUUUACUAAAUAUUGUGAAUUUGCACUUCUGUCAGUUUUUCUCGUCCUGUUUUAUUGUAAAUUAUUUCAAAAUUGAUACGUUUUAAAAAUUAUAAUUUGGCAUUCGUGUUUCUUGUCUGAAAUUACAAAUGGAUGUCAUCUCAGAGGAGAGUAGCUACGAUUUAAAUUCAAAAGAACGAUGGGAUUUCUUGAUAAAAGUGUCCAUGCUUGUUUUGGCAUUACUGGUGGCGACGAUUCUUCAAUCAAUUCCAGUCAUGAUUAUUGCCGAAUUCCAAGAUAAAUUGAAACAAUUCUGGAUGAUUAUAUUCGCUCCUAUCACCAUUUACGCUAUCAGCAUGGUCUUGAGUAUAAUCUACUCUAAAGUGCAGCGGACCGUACCUUAUAAUAUAAUCUUGAUGGUGGUAGUAGUGGAGGCGUUGACAAUGAUCAUAAUGUUUUUCACGGCCGCUUUUGGAGACAUAGCAUUCAUCGUAGGGUUUUGCUGUAGUCCCUUUACCUGCGUGCUUCUGGGAGUCUUAUCGUAUUAUUUCAAGAUACAUCCAAAAAGUCCGCGGUGGGUGGUAACGAUCUUGAUGUUCAUCACAUUAUGCUAUAUGAUGCCUGCAUUGAUUCUAGCAUUUUUCAUUUCGCUACGGGCAGUCGCAAUUGUUACUUUGUUCAUUUGCUUUUGCACAUUUUCAGCGGUAAUUUAUGGUAAACUUGCAUGGGAUUAAUUAUACCAGUUUCUU